GCCGCGCCCCGCCGCACGCAGGCCCCGCUCCAGGGUUUCUCUUCGGCGCUUCUCCGCAGGGCGCCCCGUCCCGGCGGCCGGCUCUGCGGCGGCUGCCCACCAUGACCGGGCCGAGGCUGGCCCUCGCCGCCGCGCUCCUCUGCAGCUGCACCUCUCCGGUGGCCGACGCCAACUCCUGGUGGUCUUUGGCCAUGAACCCCAUCCAGAGACCUGAGAUGUACAUCAUCGGCGCGCAGCCGGUGUGCAGCCAGCUGCCGGGGCUCUCCCCCGGGCAGCGCAAGCUCUGCCAGCUCUACCAGGAGCACAUGGUGUUCAUCGGGGAGGGGGCCCGCAGCGCCAUCAAGGAGUGCCAGUACCAGUUUCGGCAGCGGCGGUGGAACUGCAGCACGGUGGACAACACCUCCGUAUUCGGGAGGGUCAUGAAAAUAGGCAGCCGAGAGACUGCUUUCACCUAUGCCGUCAGCGCUGCCGGGGUGGUGAACGCCAUCAGCCGGGCCUGCCGUGAAGGAGAGCUCUCCAGCUGUGGCUGCAGCCGGACGGCCCGGCCCAAGGACUUGCCCCGAGACUGGCUGUGGGGUGGCUGCGGGGAUAACGUGGAGUAUGGAUAUCGUUUUGCCAAGGAGUUUGUGGAUGCCAAGGAGAGGGAGAAGAACUACGUGAGAGGUUCAGAGGAACAGGCUCGCAUGCUGAUGAACUUGCAGAACAAUGAGGCUGGUCGCAGGGCCGUGUACAAGCUGGCGGACGUGGCCUGCAAGUGCCAUGGUGUAUCGGGCUCCUGCAGCCUCAAGACCUGCUGGCUGCAGCUGGCUGACUUCCGCAAGGUGGGCGACUUGCUGAAGGAGAAGUACGACAGCGCCGCGGCCAUGAGGAUCAGCCGCAAGGGCAAGCUGGAGCUCGUGAACAACCGCUUCAACAUGCCGACGCAAGAGGACCUGGUCUACGUCGACCCCAGCCCGGACUAUUGCCUGCGCAAUGAGACCACUGGUUCUCUGGGCACCCAGGGCCGACUGUGCAACAAGACCUCAGAGGGCAUGGAUGGGUGUGAGCUGAUGUGCUGCGGACGGGGUUAUGACCAGUUCAAGAGCGUCCAGGUGGAGCGUUGCCACUGCAAGUUCCAUUGGUGCUGUUACGUCAAGUGUAAAAAGUGCACAGAGAUCGUCGAUCAGUAUGUCUGUAAAUGAAAGGAGCCACCAAAGCAACAAAUCUAUAUUAUAUAAAUCUAUAUAAAUAUAUUUUAUAUUUGUAUAAAUAAACAGAUGAUGAUAAUAAUUAAAGAAGCUUAUUUAAGAGACAUUUUGGUUUUGAAAUUUCCCCCAUCAGGCCAGCUGGUAUGCCAUUCCUUAAGUUCCGCUGGGGAGUUUGUCUGUGGGUGCAUCUCCCCUUGGAUGUUUCAGUCAGGGUGAAGAGGCUGAGGAGGUGCUGACAAAAUGAACUCCCCCCUACGUACAAGCACACACUGUUUCAUUACAGAAACGAAGCCAGCAAGAAUGAGAAAGGUGGGUUCUUUCUGCUCUGGUCAGUAAGUCUCAACAUUUUGCAUAGUUACUGCACAUCUGAAAUUACCGCCAGAUGUGCGUGAGUCCUAGUUACCCAAGUUUCAAACCCUGCCACUUCACUAAACCCACUGGGGAAUUUGGAACCAAUUUUUGGUCCCUUUGAGGGCUUUGUCAUGUGAGAGGGAAGGUUAGUCAAGGCCCCUUUCAAGCCAUAGAAAACAGCUUAAAAUCCUCAGUCCUGUAAACCAUUCCUGGAUGCUUCACAGACCACAGUGUGGUGGAGGAAGGUUUACAACCUGCUGUUGUUAGGAAGGAAGGUGUGACCUGUGGCUGACCAGUGCACAGCCUGAGAGUCCCCAUGAACCCAGCAUCUAGGUCUUCUGUACUGCCUGGGCCAAGGGGAAACCAGUCCAGCUCAGACUACGUGGCUAUGUGCAUAAGGGAGAUUUUUAAUUAUUUUCAUUUUAAUCCUGUGCUGAAACUUAAUUUGUCAAUGUAGAGGAGAAGCUGCCAGUGCCCAGGAAUGUUUGCAAAGGCAAUAUACUUUGUAUUUUGUCAGCAGAAAGAGGCAUUGAAUGCACAUACAUACACAUGACUGCGUAAGCACUCCUCAAGCUGCUGCCAGUUUUUUUUACUCUUUGAAGUGGAUGCAGGUGGUCACCUUGUUCAGCUCUAUUAAAUCCUCCUCACCACCAUCCCAGAUGUAUAGUUUCUCUUUAACAUUAAACACCCCUCAUUGACAUUU